CCGGCGUGAGCGGCGGAGCUCUCCGGCGGGGGCAACCCCCGUCUCCCAAUCGCGCACAAUGAGCCAGCGCUGAGCGCCGGAAGUGGGGCCGAAAGACAACACAGAGAGGGAGCCCAGCCCGGACCGAGGGAGGCGGAGGAGCGCCGCGGAGGUGGAGGAGGACGGGGAAGAGUCGCUGGAGUUGUUUCUUGGUUGGAAACCCAGCCCCUUUGACUGGAGCGGAGCCUCGGUGGGGCCUCCGUCACCCAAGCGACCGAAGCCAUCGGUCUGAAUCGGGGUGGUGAGGUGCAAAGUAAAAGUGAAGUCAAAGACCAUGGGAGAUACAGCAAAACCUUAUUUUGUGAAGCGUGCUAAAGACCGGGGAGCUAUAGAAGAUGAGGAUUUCAGAAGGGGUCACCCUCAACAAGAUUAUUUAAUAAUGGAUGAUUAUGCCAAAGGCCAUAGCAAUAAAAUGGAAAAAGGCCUUCCCAAGAAAAAAAUAACACCAGGGAACUAUGGGAAUACUCCGAGAAAAGGACCAUAUGCUGUUUCCAGCAAUCCAUAUGCAUUUAAAAACCCAAUUUACAGUCCACCCGUUUGGGUAAAUGACAACCACAGAGAUCAAAGUAAGAGAUGGCUAUCAGAUGAACUUGCUGGUAGUUCAGAGAGUUGGAGAGAAUUCAGACUAGGACCUAGAAUUCCUGUUAUGAACCGACCAAGAAAAGACUCCUUUCAAGAAAGUGAAGAUGGAUAUCGGUGGCAAGAUGGAAGAGGCUGUAGAGCUGUAAGGCGACUAUUUCACAAAGACCCGACAAGCCUGGAAACCAUGUCAGAAGUGGAAACAGGAAGCCAUGAAGACAAGAUGCAGAAGUCCAGACCUAGGAAGCCACGGAGGACUAGAAAUGGGGAAAGUGAACUGGAUGGGGACUUGGAAGGCCCUGUGAUCGACGAGUCUGUGCUCUCAGCAAAGGAGCUCCUGGGUUUACAGCAGGCUGAGGAGCGACUGAAAAGGGACUGCAUUGACAGGCUGAAAAGGCGACCAAGAAACUACCCUACAGCAAAGUACACCUGCAAACUUUGUGAUGUUUUCAUUGAAUCUAUUGCAUUUGCCCAUAAGCAUAUCAAAGAGAAGAGGCACAAGAAAAACAUUAAGGAGAAGCAGGAGGAAGAGUUGCUUACUACAUUGCCCCCGCCUACGCCCUCCCAGAUAAAUGCAAUUGGUAUUGCCAUUGACAAGGUUGUACAGGAGUUUGGGUUACUCAAUGAGAACUUGGAACAGAGACUAGAAAUUAAACGUAUCAUGGAAAAUGUGUUCCAACACAAGUUACCAGAUUGUUCUCUAAGAUUAUAUGGGUCAUCCUGUAGCCAAUUGGGUUUCAAAAAUUCAGAUGUAAACAUUGACAUUCAAUUUCCAGCCAUUAUGUCUCAGCCAGAUGUUCUCCUACUUGUUCAGGAAUGUUUAAAGAACAGUGAUUCUUUUAUUGAUGUUGAUGCAGAUUUUCAUGCUAGGGUGCCAAUGGUGGUGUGCAAAGAAAAGAAAAGUGGACUUCUUUGUAAAGUGAGUGCAGGAAAUGAACAUGCUUGUCUGACAACAAAUCACUUAACUGCCCUUGGAAAACUAGAACCAAAGCUGGUUCCUUUGGUGAUUGCAUUUAGGUACUGGGCAAAGCUUUGCAGUAUAGAUCGCCCUGAAGAAGGAGGUUUGCCACCCUAUGUGUUUGCCCUGAUGACAGUUUUCUUUCUUCAGCAGAGGAAAGAACCCCUUCUACCUGUUUAUCUAGGAUCAUGGAUUGAAGGAUUCUCAUUGAAUAAACUAGGCAACUUCAACCUAAAAGAUAUUCAGAAAGACGUCGUGGUCUGGGAAUACACUGAUAAUGCCACAGGGGAUGCUGACACAGCAAAAGAAGAGGCACUAAAAAAAAUACCUGUUAAAACAGGACAGGUAUCAUUAAUAUUUGAUUUAAAACACCAGCCUUCAGUGCCAGUUGGGCAGCUCUGGGUGGAAUUGCUUCGAUUCUAUGCUUUAGAAUUUAAUUUGGCUGAUUUAGUGAUAAGUAUCCGAGUGAAAGAAAUGAUAUCUCGUGAGUCAAAGGAUUGGCCCAAAAAGCGCAUUGCCAUCGAAGAUCCCUACUCUGUUAAAAGGAAUGUGGCAAGAACCCUAAAUAGUCAACCUGUGUUUGAAUACAUACUUCAUUGUUUAAGAACAACAUAUAAAUAUUUUGCUCUCCCACACAAAAUUACAAAAUCUAGCCUUCCGAAGCCUCUGAGUACUGUUACGUGUUCAGAACAUUCUAAAGAAGUAGCAAAGCAUGAUCCAGAUUUACAAGCAAAAAAUGAUAAACUCGAAAAGUCAGUUGUUGCUCAAGGUCCCAGUGCUCCCAGUUCAGCUGUAAAUACCUGCACAGCACAGCCAGUUACUCUUAAAGAGACUGCUGAAAGCUUUGGAAGCCCACCAACAGAGGGAACAGGAAGCACAGACAUCAGUGUCCACCUGGGAAACACAGGUUGUAUCAAGGUAGAAGUUAGUUGUGAUAAUCAUGAGGAUGUUAAUGUACACCAUGGAGAUGGAGAAACUGGAGGUAAAACUGAGAAAGAAAAAAUUGGAAGGGAGGGCAAGCAUCCUUUGACUGCUGAUGCUCGAGAUUUAAGCAGCAGCAAACGUGGAGAGCCUCUCACCUCUGGUAGCACAGGAAAUACUGAGACAGAUUGCACUUUGGAUGUAGAAGGCUUCCAAAGCUCUACAGCUAAAGAAUGCGAUGGAUUUGCUACUUUAGAUAAUGACGUAGAUGUUGAUGAAGAAAACUUAGAUGUUGAUGAACUAGAAGACUCUCUAAGCCACUUUGCCCCUUUAAGACGGAGUCAGACCUCAGGAGUCAUUCACUCUGAUGAAGAGGAGGAGGAGGGCGUUACCCGAAAAGAAGAUGAGGACGAUGGUGCUAAUGAAGAUGGGUUAGACAAUGCCUACACUGGAUCAGGGGAUGAGGAUGCCCUAUCUGAAGAGGAUGAGGAGGUAGGCGAGUCUAAGUAUGAAGACUCGAAAGAAUGUGGAAAAGAUGUGGAUGGAGCUCUACUAACAGAACUUAAUAAAAUCAGUCUUAAGGAGGAAAAUGUAUGUGAAGAAAAUUCAACCAUGGAUCCAUCUAACUUCUAUGAAUUUAGUAAGCUCACCUUCACCAAAGGCAAGUCUCCUACAGUAGUGUGCAGUUUAUGCAAACGAGAGGGUCAUCUAAAGAAGGACUGCCCUGAAGACUUCAAAAGAAUCCAGCUGGAACCUUUGCCACCAUUGACGCCCAAAUUUACAAGUAUCCUAGAUCAAGUUUGUAUCCAGUGUUAUAAGGAUUUUUCUCCAACUAUUUUAGAAGAUCAAGCUCGUGAACAUAUUCGGCAAAACCUAGAAAGUUUCAUAAGACAGGAGUUUCCAGGAACUAAAUUGAGCUUGUUUGGCUCCUCCAAAAAUGGAUUUGGGUUCAAACAGAGUGAUCUUGACGUCUGUAUGACAAUUAAUGGACUUGAAACUGCUGAGGGGUUGGACUGUAUAAGAACUAUUGAAGAAUUGGCCAGAGUCCUCAAAAAACAUUCAGGUCUGAGAAACAUCUUGCCUAUUACAACAGCAAAGGUGCCAAUUGUAAAGUUCUACCAUUUGAGAAGUGGUCUGGAAGUGGACAUCAGUUUGUAUAACACAUUGGCCCUUCAUAACACAAGGCUUUUAUUUGCUUAUUCAGCCAUUGAUCCCAGAGUGAAAUAUUUAUGCUAUACCAUGAAAGUUUUUACAAAGAUGUGUGAUAUUGGUGAUGCAUCCAGAGGCAGCUUAUCAUCAUAUGCAUACACACUUAUGGUGCUAUAUUUUCUCCAGCAGAGGAAACCACCAGUCAUUCCUGUCCUUCAAGAGAUAUACAAAGGUGAAAAGAAACCUGAAAUAUUUGUUGAUGGCUGGAAUAUUUAUUUUUUUGAUCAAAUAGAUGAACUGCCCACCUAUUGGCCAGAAUAUGGAAGUAAUACAGAAUCUGUUGGGCAGCUCUGGUUGGGACUUCUUCGUUUCUACACAGAGGACUUUGAUUUUAAAGAACAUGUUAUUAGCAUCAGAAGAAAAAGUCUGCUUACAACUUUUAAGAAACAGUGGACCUCAAAAUACAUUGUUAUUGAAGAUCCCUUUGAUUUGAAUCAUAAUCUUGGAGCUGGAUUAUCAAGGAAAAUGACCAAUUUUAUAAUGAAAGCAUUUAUUAAUGGUAGAAGAGUAUUUGGUAUUCCAGUCAAAGGAUUUCCAAAGGACUACCCCUCAAAAAUGGAGUACUUUUUUGAUCCAGAUGUGCUAACUGAAGGACAGUUGGCCCCAAAUGAUAGAUGUUGCCGAAUUUGUGGGAAAAUUGGACACUUCAUGAAGGACUGCCCUUUGAGGAGAAAAGUGAGGCGACGGCGAGAUCAGGAAGAUACCCCAAACCAAAGAUACCCUGAGAACAAGGACAAAAGAAGCAAAGAUGACAAAGAAGUUCAAAACAAGUGUGCAGAGAGGGAGGUGUCCUCAAAAGAGGAGAAGCCCGUGCAGUACACGCCUCAGAAAGCCAAGCCGGUGAAGGCAGUUGUCGAUCUGGGGAGAGAGAAGAUGCUCAGGCCGUCGGCGGAAAAGUGGAAGAGACAGGAUGACAAAGACUUGAGAGAAAAACGUUGUUUUAUUUGUGGACGAGAGGGGCACAUUAAAAAGGAAUGCCCACAGUUCAAAGGCUCUCCAGGUAUGUUUAAAUCACAUUGGGUAUGUGGAUCCCCUUCUUCACCUAGUACUUUGAGACCAACUGAAACAUUUGUUCAGGCAGUGCUUUUACAUGAAGACAAAAAGAAACAAAAAGCAACUAUAUUUUUGAGUCCCCAGUCAGGUAGCCUUUCCAGUAAAUAUAUGACUCAGGGAAAAGCCUCAGUGAAGAGGACCCAGCAGGAAUCAUGAGGGAAGGAAAAUGCAGCGCUCUAAAUGGCCACUCAGGCAUUCCUAAUCACUCUGAAAAUUAGGUUCAUUUUACAGGACUCAGCAGCAUAGAUCAGGCUUCAACUUAACAUUUAAGGGAAAUGUCAGAUUUUUUUUAACUGAAUGAAAUUCAUAAUAAGGAAAAAAAUUUUAAUGUAGUCUUACCUACCACAAAUCCUCAUAGAUUUAAGGAUUUUAAUAGAAAGCCAUGGUGUGUGUAUUUAAGCCAGGUUAAAAAAAAAAAAAAAAAAAAAAAAGUAACGAUGGGCCAGUAUUCAGUGAAUACAAUUUCAUGGUUUUUAAUUCUUUCAAAUCACACUAAAAUGGUGUGCUGAUAAACCCCAAGAAAUUAAUCCUUUCUUUCCUAUAAAUCCCUUUUUUUGUUCUGAAGAGGGGAAAUUAUAUUUAUUGUUGUUUACUGAAUCCUGUGUGAAAGUGUGUCAAAUAUAUGUGAACUGCUACUACUGUAUUUACCAUUUACAAACCUUAUUUUAUUGAUAUUUGUAGAAGAAGUGAUAACAUGAAAGUGAUUACCUGUUUAUGUGAGUCUUCCAUGGAUGAGCAAUGCCAAUGAGGGCCUUUUUGGUUUUUUCCCUCUCUAAUUUUAAUUAAGUUGACAUAUAUCUACUAUGCUCCUAAAAAUGAAGUGAGGAAAACAAGUAGUCCUGUUUGCUGCUAAAAACAUUUUCAAAGGAAAAAUGACAAAAGUGCUUUUUACUUUUUAUGAUAUUCAGAAAUUAGGGUGGAGAACUUCAAAAAAAUCCCUGCAGAUUAAAGAAGCCAUCUCUGCCAAUUAUAAGUUUGCUUGGUGUCAUUUUGGGUCUGACUGGAACCCUUAUGGAACUGUUUCUGUAACUUCACAAGCCUUUCAAAAGUAGUACAUGGUCAGAACUAUGCUUCAGUUUGAUUUUGAAAUAAAAGCCAAUUUUCGACCUGUAA